CGGUGGGGCUCGCUCGCGCGGCGGCGGUAGUCGAGGCCUCUUAGUUCUGCGGCACGUGACGGUCGGGCCGCUUCUGCCGCUGUCUCCACUGCAGCACGGGGCCGGGUGUGCGGGUGGGAGAAGGUGAGGGAGCCGCCAGUGGUCCCCGGGAGGCUCGAGAUAGAUCAUGGAAGUGAAGUGGUUACUGUGUUUGCUAUUGGUCCUUGGAACUGCAACUGUUGAGGCUCAUGAUGGACAUGAUGAUGACAUGAUUGAUAUUGAAGAUGAUCUUGAUGAUGUUAUUGAAGAAGUAGAAGAUUCAAAAUCUAAAUCAGAUACCAGCACUCCUCCAUCUCCAAAGGUCACCUACAAAGCUCCAGUUCCAACAGGGGAGGUUUAUUUUGCUGACUCCUUUGACAGAGGGUCUCUGUCAGGGUGGAUUUUGUCUAAAGCCAAAAAAGAUGACACUGAUGAUGAAAUUGCCAAAUAUGAUGGAAAGUGGGAGGUAGAUGAGAUGAAGGAAACAAAGCUUCCAGGUGAUAAAGGACUUGUCCUGAUGUCUCGUGCCAAGCAUCAUGCCAUCUCUGCUAAACUGAACAAGCCCUUCCUGUUUGAUACCAAGCCUCUCAUUGUUCAGUAUGAGGUUAAUUUUCAGAAUGGAAUAGAAUGUGGUGGUGCCUAUGUGAAACUGCUUUCCAAGACUUCAGAACUCAACUUGGAUCAAUUCCACGACAAGACUCCCUAUACUAUUAUGUUUGGUCCAGAUAAAUGUGGAGAGGACUACAAACUGCAUUUCAUCUUUCGGCACAAAAAUCCUAAGACAGGUGUAUAUGAAGAAAAACAUGCUAAGAGGCCAGAUGCAGAUCUGAAGACCUAUUUCACUGACAAGAAAACGCAUCUUUACACAUUAAUCUUAAAUCCAGACAAUAGUUUUGAAAUAUUAGUUGACCAGUCUGUUGUGAACAGUGGAAAUCUGCUAAAUGACAUGACUCCUCCUGUAAAUCCUUCACGUGAAAUUGAGGACCCAGAAGACCGGAAACCUGAAGAUUGGGAUGAAAGGCCCAAAAUAGCAGAUCCAGAUGCUGUCAAGCCAGAUGACUGGGAUGAAGAUGCCCCUUCUAAGAUUCCAGAUGAAGAGGCCACAAAGCCUGAAGGCUGGUUAGAUGAUGAACCCGAGUAUAUUCCAGACCCUGAUGCGGAGAAGCCAGAGGACUGGGAUGAGGAUAUGGACGGAGAAUGGGAGGCUCCUCAGAUUGCCAACCCUAAGUGUGAGUCAGCCCCUGGGUGUGGUGUCUGGCAGCGACCUAUGAUUGACAACCCCAAUUACAAGGGCAAAUGGAAGCCUCCAAUGAUUGACAAUCCUAACUACCAGGGAAUCUGGAAACCAAGGAAAAUACCAAAUCCUGAUUUCUUUGAAGACCUGGAACCUUUUAGGAUGACUCCGUUCAGUGCUAUCGGUUUGGAGCUCUGGUCCAUGACAUCUGACAUCUUUUUUGAUAACUUUAUCAUUAGUGGUGACCGAAGAGUAGUUGAUGAUUGGGCCAAUGAUGGGUGGGGCCUGAAGAAAGCUGCUGAUGGGGCUGCUGAGCCAGGUGUAGUGGGGCAGAUGCUGGAGGCAGCUGAAGAGCGUCCGUGGCUUUGGGUGGUCUAUAUUCUGACUGUAGCUUUGCCAGUGUUCCUUGUGAUCCUCUUCUGCUGUUCUGGGAAGAAACAGUCCAAUGCUAUGGAGUACAAGAAGACAGAUGCUCCCCAACCAGAUGUGAAGGACGAAGAAGGGAAGGAAGAAGAGAAGAACAAGGUGGAUGAAGAGGAAGAAGAGGAGAAGCUUGAAGAGAAACAGAAGAGUGAUGCUGAAGAAGAUGGUGGCACUGGCAGUCAAGAUGAGGAAGAUAGCAAGCCUAAAGCAGAGGAGGAUGAAAUUUUGAACAGAUCACCAAGAAACAGAAAGCCACGAAGAGAGUGAAACAAUCUUAAGAACUUGACCUGUGAUUUCCUCUCCUUCCCCUUCCCCUGCAAAUGUGGUCCUAGGAGAGGGCCUGGUGUACCUUAGGUGGGAGCUCAGAAAACCUCACGAUGCCACCAUCGACAGGUUCCAGUGAAUACUAGCCUGUAAUUUUAAACAUCUAGCAGUAAAUAAUUGCAGUUGUAAAGGACCCUGUUUCUGUAGAAAAGAAAACAUUUAACAUAAUGGUUGUGAAAUGUAACAUGAAGCAACUAACUAGUGUUUUGUUUUUAAAAAUCUUCUGGGUUUGUCUUUUUUUCAUUUUUUUUUUUUUUUAAGAUACAAUGAUAGAAUUUUUGCCAGUUUAAAAUCUUGGCUUAAUUUAAUAUAUUAAUUUGUUCAUGCAGAAAUAACACCAACAUUAGGAAUGCUAGGGAGAAUGAAUUGCAGUUUUUAUAACAAUUUUUUAAGUUUGGUAUUAAAGCAUUCAUGUGUCUGUCCUAACAUUGUAAUCACGUUCACGUGCAGUCAUUUGUGGUUAUAAUCUUGUUCUGUGUGCUUCCAUUAGUUAAUUCCUCUUAAGGACACAAGAGAGAUUGGAUGGAAGCCCAAAUUUAUAUCAAAGUUCCCUUUACAUUGUAUUGAAUAGACCCAAAAAGAACUAAAAGGAGACUUUCACUUGGUGUUGGUCAGAUCGUAAAGUGCAGUGUUCUGUUGACCUUGGGACUCCUCCAUUCACAAACAGCUUUGCAGAGGAAAGGCUUAGUGCAGCAGUUCAUACUGUACUUCCUACAUAGGAGGUCUGAUAGCUUGGGUCCUCUGGAGCACAAGGCUUUUUAAGGAAUACUGAUGGUGCCUGAGUAGAUAAUUACGUCACUUGUUCCACUGUGUUGACACUGUUUUCCUCAUGGAUCUCCUCAGUCCCUGCCUUUCUCUGCUAUGCAUUUUCUUCACAGCGCAGCUUGCAGUCCGUUGCUGAAAAUUAUAAGCUCUGCAUAGUGUUGGCUUUACUGUGAUUACAUCUGUUUCUUUUUUUAGCAGACUCAUACCUUUCUAGGGUCCAACUACAGGACUUCCCAUUAGUGUCUAUUUCUUUAGAAAGUCUAAUCCAGAGAUGGGCCAAUUCAGAAUUGACUAUAAUUGAACAUAGGCUAAAAGUAUUUAUGGAAGGAUUGACACAUAGCAUGAGUUAUUUGACUUUUGUAGGAUAUUCUUCAUUUGCACAGUUGCAUCUUAAAAUUCACACAAUAAAGCAGUCGUGUUAAUUUUUUUUUUUUUUUUGUGGCUUGUAGAAUUUUUCAAAAGUGAAUUUAGGGCCUUUUGUUUUUUUGUUUAUUUUUGGUUUUGUUUUUCAUGUGGAAUGCAGAUGGGUGCUAGAGGAGCUUCUCUCACAUCACUAUAGUGUAAUGUUAUUACACCACACUGAGAUGUAUUCAGAAACAGAUGUUUCAAUUUCAUUCUUUCUCCAGAGGUGAUCCAGUUGUACCAAUGAUACUGUUCCUUGCACUGAAUAUAUAUAUAAACACUCUAUGGUGUUUAUAUUGGGGAAAUACUGGGAAAGAAAUAUAUUUGUUAAGGAUGAAGGAUAAACACUGGUUCAUUUCUUUUGAGGGUGGAAUGCUUUUUUCUUCCUGUUCAGUGCUUUAUCACCAUCUGUUUGUGGUCACAGUGACCAUAGCUAUGUAGCGGACGUUUCCAAAUGUAUAGAGUGAAAUAAACAGUUACUAGCAAGAAGUGAAUACAUGUCUGCACGUUUCUCCUUGAAACAAACACAGGGAUGAUUACUUUUCUAGAAAUCUGUUUAAUCAUUCUACAUUGACAUUGUUUUGUGCCUGCUUUAUUUUCACCCAGGCUGUACAAAGAUUAUUUAUGUCAUUGGUGGUGUUCAUUGCCUUUCUGGGUCCCUCUUCCUCCCUCAAGGUUCCAUUGAAGCUCCAGCCUCCAUAAAUGUCUUACACAUUAAUGAUCAGUUUCCAGCUCUUAGAAAAAGCUUACAGGGCUGGUAUUGUAGCUCAGAAGGUAGAACUGCCAAGCAUGUACAAGGUUCCAUGGGUCUGAUUCCUGGCACUGAAUUAAAAUAAAGGCCCUUAUGUUCUGA